CAAAAGUCUAUGAUAAGAAGACUGCUUUCAAAUUUCAUUUUGAUUCAUUGAAUCAAAUUUCUUUUUUAUUAUUUUCCCUGUACUCAUAUUUGUUUUGAUAUGAACGAAUAAAUAUGCAAACUUGUGUAAUAUAAAGCUGUAAAAAUACAAUAAAUGAAAUAUAUUUAUAUCAAAACCGUGAACAGAUGUACGUUAACAUAUAAACGUGUUUACUGGUGUUCUGUUUUGAAAUUCCGAUUGUAUUGACGCUCGUGAAUACAUUGAAUAGAUAAGAUAGACAGAAUAACACAAAACAAGGAGAAAUGGCCUCGGCUGCUACAUCACCGACGGAAGACGAUGAAUUAACAUUACCGCGUGCAUCGAUCAACAAGAUAAUCAAAGAAAUUUUACCACAUGUACGCGUAGCAAACGAAUCCCGGGAAUUGAUAUUAAAUUGUUGCACAGAAUUUAUUCAUUUAGUUUCUUCCGAGGCGAAUGAAAUUUGUAAUCAACAACAGAAGAAAACCAUUAACGCUGAACAUAUUCUUCAAGCACUUGAAAAACUUGGAUUUGGAGAUUAUAGCGUAGAAGCUGAGGCGGUUCUACGAGAUUGCAAAGCUGUCGCUGCUAAACGAAGACGUCAGAGCACUAGAUUAGAAAAUUUGGGAAUUCCGGAAGAAGAACUCCUUAGACAACAACAAGAGUUAUUUGCAAAAGCAAGAGAAGAGCAAGCGGUUGCUGAACAACAACAGUGGCAACAAUUACAAGCAGUUGCAAAAAUGGCCUCGAUACUACAGUCUGAUAGUGAACAAGAAGAUUACUCGUAAACGAAGCUUACUUUAUUCGAUUUGUCAAUGUAUUUCGUCGAGAUCGAUUGGAAUCGAAUAAGAAGCGAUUUCUAAGUAGUGUAGCAAAUUUGGGAUGAUUAUAAUAAUGUAUAUUGCUCUAAUCUUUCUUUGAUUUAUUCAACUUUUACAUAUUGUUGCUUUUCCGUUUCUGCGAUUGUAUUAUAAAUAAAUAAAAAAAAAUGAUGACCCUUUUACAUAAAAAAUGGGUCCACUGUGUUGAAUAA